GGUGUGAUGGCGUCCAAGACUAACUCGAGCCCUUAUCUCUGGGGGGCUCGUACAGUCUCGAGAGGAAAGGCGGCCAUGAAUGCUACACCAAGAGCAACAGAACAAGUCUCAGCUCCAAUGUCCCGAGCUCAUGAUACCAGGGCUGUCAACGCCGUCAGCAUCGCCAGGGGAGGGUUCACGUCCCUGAGCUCCUGGAAGCGAGCUGCGAAUCAGCUCAUCCGCCAGCUGUACCGGGCCAAGGUCAUUCUCGGAGACCUUGUCGAGAACCAAGACGUAGAUCCACUUUGCGUUGUGGACGAUGCGGGCGACUUGCACAACGACGACAUUCCUGCGGAGGCCUUGCAUGCAGCAGGAAAGGCUGAUGAAGAUCUCAAGGACAAGCUCAAGCUGGCGGAGAACAUCGUUCGCAAGCUAUACGCGCGAAGCAUGGAGCUGACCCAGCAAAACAAGUAUCUGAGAGAGGAAAACGAGCGAUUGAGCCAGCUAUCAGUCGAAAGACCUCGGUCGACCAGCGGAUUCAGUGAGAUUCUGCAUGAGCAGAAAACAGACACGAAGAGGAGGGAUCGACCCUUUACGGCUGGCGCACCCCUGGCGAAGAAGGAGGAGAUAGAGCAACGCCGAGUCAUGUCGGCAGAGCCACAGCUGGGUAGUCGCAGGGGCGCGAGAGCCUCAACAGAUGGGUGGGAGCUUGGAGGACAAGAGAAUCUAGCGGAGCUGG